CUGAAUGAAGAAACCAAAGAAAAGUUGGUACUGACAGGCCUGAUAGUACAUAAUGUUUGAUUGGAAGUAAUGCCACUACAAGAUCCACCAGCUUUUGUCUCAGUCAAAAUGCCCUUUGAAAUGGCAGAUAAUGUCAUUAUCUCGAGAAUAGCAGAAAACAGUCAAGUUGCAAAAAUUACAAGUCUACGUAGUCCUUUGCACAACAUGUGGAAACGGGAGUGAGAGUAUACAAAGUACAAAAUCCAAGAGGAUUUUCCAGAGCGUAUAAUUUAUGGAAGAUACAAUUUACGUCUGCAUGUGUGAUAUGCUGGACAACCUCCAACAUGUUAUAGAAGCGGAAGCACUACUCAUAUGAUAAAGAACUGUCAACAAAAAAAAGAUAAGAAUCCUGAAGACCAGCGUAAUGAGAAUCAUGACCAUGAUCUUGAUAAAAACCACGAUUUAGAAAUGCAGCAAGAAAACAAAGAAGGAGAGAAUGUAAAAGAACCGGACUGUCAAACAGCAACAGAAAUGGAACUAUCAGAACAGAAUCCUGAAAGUACAGAAAGACAACUGAAAUCUCUACAAGAGAUGACAGGUUCAACACUGGAAACCACCAAUCAAUCACAACCAGAAACAGACAACCAAAAAGUAAGGGACAAAUCAGUAACAAACACGUUACCAGAAACAAAACAGUGUGCACAAUCCAAUCCAACAGAAAGAACAGCAGAUCACAAGCAACAGUCUAAAGAAGGAAAACUGAACAUGACACUCUGACAAAAUCGUAAAACAUUGUGCAAUCACUUGACAGAAAAACAGAAUCACAAUCCAGAUCUAGAACACAAUCUAGAUCACCGGUCACCGAGCAGAAGAGCAAACAUCGAAAGGGGGGCACAAAGUGCUGCUGAAGAAAAACUACAUGUUUCUCUCUUAUAUGGCUUGGGAGACUUUAAUAACUAUUGGAGACCAUUUGCAGAAAGAAAAGAAGGAGUUAUAACUAUGUUAAUUUGAAAUGGUAUAUAACUUAUGAUUGCAAAUGAUCUAAACUGAGUCUGAAGGACUCUUUUAAUAAAACAGAAAAAAUGUAUGUGUGUACUAUGUGAUGGCAUGUCCACUGAUAAC